AUGGAAGUCAGAAAGUACUUCACCGUCAUCGACUAUGUUCUGUUCGCGUUGUUCCUCGGUUUGCCAGUCGUUUUGGGCAUCGCCUCUGGCCUUCGACGCAACGUUCAAACUACGAGUCGUGAACUCCUCCUUGGUCACAGGAAUCUUGGGGUUCUGCCAAUGGCGCUGACCCUGGUGGCUACUUACUUGUCCACCGUCUCCGUUCUCGGAUACCCGGCUGAGAUCUACGUUUAUGGCACAAUGUUCCUCUACUACUUUAUAACGUAUGUAAUUACUUAUCCACUGGUCGCAUAUGUUUUCCUCCCGACAGUUUAUCCGCUACAACUGACCAGUGUUUACGAAGUAAAGUCGCUACCGAUCAAGAUACGCCUUUUGCAGUAUUUAGAGCUUCGCUUCAACAAAACCGCUAGAACCAUCGGUUCUGCUAUCUUCUUCAUGGAGGUGCUGCUCUAUCUUCCAGUUGCGCUGUAUGCUCCAGCCUUGGCUCUAAACUCGGUCACGGGUUUGUCGAUUCAUGUUGCGAUUCUGACAACAGGAUUAGCAGCGACUGCUUACACGACCGUGGGCGGCUCCACUGCAGUGGUUUGGACUAGCGUGCUGCAGAUGGUCUUCGUGUUUGCUGGAAUUCUAGCAGUCGUCAUAUUUGGAACAAUCAGCGUUGACGGCAUGGCGAACGUCAUCAAAUACGCAUAUGCAGGUCACAGAAUACAAUUCACUGAUUUCCGGAUUGAUCCUCAUGUUCGCCAUUCGGUGUGGAGUUUAGUCAUCGGAGGAACCUUUGUAAUCGGAUCAAUGUUUUCCGUCAAUCAAAUGAGUGUGCAACGUUACUUCGCCAUGCCAACUUUGCGAAGCGCACAAUGGGCUGUCUUACUCAAUAUACCAAUCAAUAUACUGUGUUUUGGCCUACUGGGAUUAUGCGGAUUGGUAGUGUAUGCCUCUUAUCGAUUCUGUGAUCCGUUUUUAUUUGGAGCCAUCGCUAAGCCUGAUCAGUUGCUGACACACUAUGUAAUGGAUAAGCUGUCAGGUGCUGUUGGUCUUCCAGGCCUAUUCGUAAGCGCUUUGUAUGGAGCUGGAAUGAGCACUCUUGCCAAUGGAAGUACGGCACUAGCAGCGGUUGUUCUGGAAGACUUUUACAAGCCGAUACAUCGUUCCUUGUCAACGACUGUACUGACUGGUGUAAUCGGCCUGACGUUGACUGGCCUUUCGUUGGCCAUCUCGUCCAUCAAGUCCACCGUCAUUGCCCUGAGCAUCUUUGGUAUCGCCGGCGGUCCUCUUCUUGGAGUCUUCCUCCUAGGAAUGUUUUUUCCUUUCGCGAACAAAUAUGUAAGUAGUUUAAAAGUAGUCAACACGUUGUAA